AUGCGUCAGCUCAAGUUUCACGAGCGAAAGCUGCUCAAGAAGCACGACUUUUUGCAAUGGCGCAAUGAACACAACAUUCGUGAGAUCCAGGUCAUGCGAAGAUACCAUAUUCAAGAUCGCGACGACUAUCACAAAUACAACGUACUUGUCGGGAAAACACGGCAAUUGGCGCUGCGUCUCUCGACGCUGCCCGCCACGGAUUCCUUCCGCGCUCAGCAUGAAUCCAUGCUGCUGAACAAGCUGUAUGAUAUGGGCUUGCUCGAUACGGGCGCAAAAAUGAGUGACAUCAUGGAACGCCUGAAUGUCAGCGCUUUUUGUCGACGACGUCUGCCUGUGGUCAUGGUGCGCCUUCAUAUGAGUGAGAGUGUGUCGCAAGCCGUCAAAUACGUCGAACAAGGCCAUGUACGCGUGGGACCUGACACGAUCAAUGAUCCUGCUUUCCUCGUGACUCGAUCAAUGGAGGACUUUGUAACGUGGGUGGAUACGUCCAAGAUUCGGCGUGCGAUUGCGAACUACAACGACGAGCUCGACGACUUCGAUUUGCUAUGA